UGAUGCUAACGAAACACCCCGAGUGUGACGUGAACCGUGCGAUGCUAGCAGGCUAACAGUUAGCGAGCAGUUUGGCACAGCUCCUUGAUGUCACUUAAUCGUGGCUCGAUGACGUGAAUGCCAACUAGCUGCCCAGAAAUGCUCACCGACGUGUUUAACGUUUCGUCGGAGCACUUCAGCUGGCAAACUCGUUAAAACAAGAAGAACAAGCGUAACGUCAUUUUAACGAUAUCGAAUCUGCAAGCAACGCUUCUCGAUAAAGGUUUAUGAAGACGGUGCAAAUAAGUAAAUACAGGCUGUUUUUCAUAUGUUGUCCUCGGCCGAGGUCUAACUGAUGACGUCCCAAAGUAAAUACAGCUGGAAGCAAAAACAGGGAAUGUGGUUAAGAAGGUUAAAUGGUUAAAUGCACUUUUUCAUAAAAUACUAGAAAAGUAUUGAGUCAAUCAUAUGGCCGAAUAAGACCUAAAAAAUUAUUCUACUUAUUAUUCAGUCCCUUCCUUCUUCCUGAUCAUCAAUCAUAGUACGACUUUAACAGACACACUGAUUUCCUAAGCCACGCUGGAGUCCUACAACUGAUGGGCUUUAGGCAACCACAGGUUUAGAAAAAAAGUCAACAUUUCAUAACGUAAAUUACGCAAUCAACAAAAAGCAUGAAUAAUCCGUAAUUUAAACCUUUUACGAUCUUAUUUAAGCAUUCAAGUGCAGGAUUCUCAUCUCGCACAAGUUUCCGCUGCCAAGAUGUUGUCCGAAGGAGGUUACUUCAUGAAGGGGAUGGCCAUGGGAGGCAUCUUCUGCUUGCUGCUGUCGCUGCUGGGCAGUUUCAGGCCCGGCGUGGAGUCCGACACGGACAGCCACCAUCAUCACCAUCACGUCCAGGCCUCGGGCAGAGAUGAGCUGAGGCGCUUUUCUGACACUGAGAUGCAGAAGUUGAGAAAUCAAGUCCAGGUCUCUUGCAUCAUCAUGGUCCAGCCCAAGAUCCUCGCCUACUGGGCUACUGCGCUGGACACCUGGAGCAAACACUGUGACAAAGCUGUGUUCUACACCUCUGAGUCCACCAAAGCACUCGAGGCGCACGACCUGAAUGAAAAAGACGACUGGACGAGGUUGCGCAAAGCCCUAAAGCACGCUUACGACAACGCGGGAGAGCUGCGCUGGUUCUUUGUGGCACAACCCACGACGUUCGCCAUCAUCGAGAAUCUUAAAUACCUGGUGCUUGCGAAGGAUCCCAACGAGCCCUUUUACCUCGGGAACGCGAUGAAGUCAGGGGAGCUCGAGUUCGUGUCGUACGACAGCGGCAUCGUUCUAAGUUACGAAGCGCUCAAAAGGCUCGUACGCGUGUUCCAGGACGAGGACAAAUGUCCAGAAAGGGGACACGCCCUGUGGAAGCUGAGCGAGGACAAGCAGCUGGCCACGUGUCUCAAGUACACCGGCGUGUUUGCGGAGAACGGAGAGGACUCCCACGGAAAGGGCCUGUUCAACAGCAAGAGCGUGGAGCGCCUGAUGGCAGACAGCAUGCAGGCCAACCCCAACGACGUGGUGGCGGGCUGCUGCUCCGACGUGGCAGUCACAUUCAACGGGAUGUCGCCCAAUCAAAUGCAGGUUAUGAUGUUCGGAGUCUACAGACUCCGUCCGUACGGCCACGAUUUCCACGACUUGUUAGAGUUCAAAGCUCCCGAAGGCUCAGAUAAUGACUAAAUCCGUCAAGCUGGAUGCGGCUUUUUUUAAAUGUUUUGCUUCUGUGAUGGCAAACCUAACUGUGGGGCGAUUGGUUUUUCUAAUUCUGUUUUUAAAACUGAAUCCCAGCUGGUGAUAACACGUUUAUGUACAUUUGUACCCGUUUGCACUUGGCACAAUCAGCACCCCGUUCCUUUGGGAUAAAGGUACAAAAAUAGGCGACGGGUGUGCCGUCCCUUAGGAUGAAGACAAAGCGUGGACAUAUAACUUGUGACAUGACUCAAUUAUCUGAAGUUUUAGUUAUGUAUCUUAAAAGUUUUUUUCUUUGUGUGGUCUUAAUGCUGCUUUAGUUAUUAAGUGGCGGUUUUGAAAAUAACAGACUGUUCAGUGCUACUUAUGAGUGACGUUAUCACUGAGAACAGCUAUAUAUUUAAAGACUGUAGGCACACAUGAUCAAUAUUGAGUAAAAAUCUGGGGGCACAACCAAGCUGCACUGACUUCCACUUAAGAAUUAAACAGCUGCAUAGGAAAUAAUAAUCCUCAAUGUUGACUCCAUACUGUAUUUUCUUAAUUCGCAAGACACACACAGUCUGGUUGUCAGCCUGACAAGAUGUUGAUUCUUAAAUUACUUUUUCAUAAUUAAAUAAAAUACAGUUCUGGUUUAUUUGUAAUGUAGCUCUGUGGUGUUGAAUGAUCUAACAAGGACUUUUAAAAGGUGGCAAUGAGGAUGAGUGAAAAUCAUACAAUAGUUUCCAGGUUUGUACCCUGUCAAGCAUAAUGUGAAUAUUUGGUAAAGGGAAAAUGAACUAAUUUCUUAUUGGAACUGAAUGUAUUGAAUUGCCGGCAGCUGCGUUGUAUAUGUUUGUUUUUUUGUUUUUUACCACUUUCAGGUAAACAAAUAAAGUUAUUGCCGUUCCUAC